GACGUCGACAACCUCCCAGUCCCUGAGCACAAAUGCACCGCACCGACUAGCUACUCAGAAAGUCAGACGCCACAACUGUCUAUCUACAGUGUACGUAUGACACGACCAUACUAUACUAUAAUGUCAGCGCGUCAUGUUGCCCAAAAUUUAAAAAAUGUCAGCAAGUGUAUGCGCUGCACAUGUACACACCCAACUUGUUUGGAUCCAUUGGCCUCUGGAUGGAUACACGCUACUAUAUGCCGCACGUCACAUGCUCCUGAGAUGUACUCCUAUACGACUGUACUAAUUAACAACAGCGUCGAUCUGGGCUGUGUAUGCAUGCACGGCUGCUAACUUCUUCCAGGCCCUGACAAAACCUAACCACUAAGAAAUGUACAAUUCACACAACCACGCGCGAAAAAAAGAGAGAUGCCAAAACCACCAUGCCAGACAACAAGAUGGCGACCGAAAAGAUUUAAAACACACCGCGGCCAAGUGCAGAGACUGUCCGUACGCACCGGCACACGCGCCGGCCGGACGGCAGUCCGGUCUCGGCUAGCCGCCGUGCACGACGGCGGCCUUCUUGAUCGUGGCGGCGCCGAACCCGCCGCCGCCGCCGACGCGCGGCGGGAGGCCGCUCCCGACGGCGGCGCUGCGGCUCCUCCGCACGGGCGGCGGCGGGGGCAGGCCGACGCGCCCGGCGUCGGCGCCGAAGUCGCACGGCGCGUCCUCGUCGAUCCUGCCCACCGCCACGCUCCGGCUCCUGGGCGGCACGGACGCGGCCGCGGGGGAGGCGGCGCUGCCCUGCUGGCGCUGCGACAUGGCCCGGACCAGCUCGCCGACGUCGUCGUCCCCGCGCCGCGUGGAGCGCGAGCUGAAGGUGGCCGCCUGCAUGUGCAUGGCCCCGGCCCCGCCGCGGCCCAUGGCGCCCGCGUACUGCGUGGGCAUGGCCCCCGCGCACGCCGACAUCUUGCGCACGUACGAGUCGCACGCCCUCGACAGCGCCCGCACCGGCGCCCCCAGCCACCGCCCCAGCUUCCUCCCGCCGCCGCCGCCGCCCUGCCCCUUCUCCUGCUUCAUCCCGACGCUUUUCUCUUCUGCGCGCGCGCGCGGGAGUCAAUGGGUGAGAGGGAGGGAGGGAGACGGAUGGAUUUCGGCGAUGGAUGGAUGAGUCGAGUAGAAGACGACGACGAUGAUUGAUCCUUGGACGCGGUGGUUAUAUAAAGGGACAGGCAGGGCCAUGGAUGGAUGGUCCAGUCACCCGGUUUGAAACUUUGAACUGGUAGCAGCACCCACCGAUGGUUAAUUUUUUGAGGCGCGCACACACACCCCGUAGUCAAAUCAAAUUGGAGAAAGAAAUGUUCAGCAACCGGGCAUAUCAUAUCAUAUAUGCCGAUAUACAAACAUGAUGAGUAUGAGUAUGAGUAUGAAUGGAACUCGUCAAAGUCGCGCUCGAAAACUUAACACGGUCUAGCAGGCGCAGGCGCAGCCGCGUCCUCUGUUCUGCUCUCUGCUGUGGCUUGGGCAGAUAAUACUCUGCCAACUGGUAGUAGUAAUAAUGCUGGAUAUGGCUUCAACUGUGCAAAAAAUGAGUAUAGAAAACGAGAGCUGAUUUGACACCCAAACGUUUUACAUGCUGCAUCCAUGCGCGGGGUUAAUCCGUGGCCUUUUCGGGAUUGGGUUUCUUCCGGCGUGGAGAACCUGAAUGAAACAGAGAUGCAAAAUUCUACCGAUAAUCAAGGCGUGCCUGACCAGUUACAUGCCCACACAAGGAAAAACAGGAAAGCGUGGGAGCCUUAUCCCUUUUCCAAGC